GGCCCUUAAACAAUGAACAUGGUAUACUUCAUUGUACAUCGUUGAAGUUGCCUGACAGCGGUGUACACACAGACGGAUGAGUGAAAGUUUUGAACAGCAGUAGUCAGGAGGAAAUGAGCAAGAAUUUGGUGCAGUAUAUAAUAAUGCGGGGGGAUCUAGCAAAGUCUUCCAAAUGGAAUGCUGGAGCACUUGUUGCACAAGCGUGUCAUGGUGUCUCAGCUGUUUUGCAUUUGUAUUACAAUGAUGAGAAUGUGCAGGAGUAUCUGUGUGAUGUUGACAAAAUGCAUAAAGUUGUCUUGGAGAUUAGUGACCUCAACAGCCUUAUGGAGCUUGAGACAAAACUGAAAAACAAAGGGAUUCAUCACAAGACAUGGAUAGAACAGCCAGAAAAUGAAGCUACUUGUCUUGUUGUCAAGCCUUACCCAAAAGAGGACGUAGCAGAAUUUUUUAAGGAUUUGAAACUGUUUAAUAAAAAGGUAAAAUAAAAUAUAUGUCAUUGUUUUGCAAGUGA